UAAUAUACAGUAACAGCUGAUUAUUUAGGUGCACUGUGAGUUUAAUCGCGGACCGUGUCGUUAGUGGGAGUAGCCCCGUGGACCAAUGCUGCCAUUUCCUACUCUGACGUAAUAUGGAAUUGAGAGUGGACAUAGUUUUAUUAUAGUAUACUAAGUGCAAUAUUUGUUAGUAUAAAUAAAAGAUGUCUGCCACCGCAGUAGCAAGAACUACCAUCCCCGGACCGACCACUAACCCCUACAUGGAUGCGGAGGACCAGUAUGCAGACGACAACUUCAGCACGACCUCCACCCAGCUGGACACCUACUCCAAUUACACGGUCAACACGGAGACGCCCAUGUCGCGCCUCAGUCGGUAUGGAUUCAAGAUCCGCUCCUCGUCAAGUUUUCCCAGCAUCCUUAAUCUUUACAGCGAACCAAUCAGCGAGGAGAUGCCAAGAAAGAAAGAAAAGAAAAAGAAGAGAACAAAAAUCCGCUAUUCGGAGAGUGUUCGAUCUAAAGGUGCUAACCUGGAAAACUUAGCGUCAGAAUCCCGGCGGACAACAGAGCGGAGGAAUAUCGCGCGCUUAUCUGAGGAUGUUACCUCGACUCAGGAUAGAAGGGAAUACGUGAAUCGUGCAAUCCGAAUCGAGGCUGUGGCGCGCGAGCAGAUGGAAAGGUAUGAAAAAUACAUCAAGAAACUCCAAGACAAAGUGGAGAAACAGAGGGAAGACAGAAGAGUUAGCGAGGAGGAAAUGUCCAGGAGAAUCAAGGCCCGCGAGGAGGAGGAGCGGUUACGAAUGAGCAUCAAGAAGAGACCGAAACAGGAACUAGUCAACGAACUGCCGUAUGUCAAACGCCUCCCAAAGUCCAAAAUGAGAAAGGUUGUUCGACUCUCGGACGAUCUACAGAAAAAGGGAGUUCUUAAAACCCAAGGUGACGUAGACAAAUUCUGGCAGGACUUCGGACAUUCCGGUGUAGGACAAGAUAUUAUCAGAAAGGACCCCAGUAAAGAAGCUGACCAAUCUCCUGAAGACUGGACAGGCAUUCGACGAAAAUCAAAACCCAAGAUAAAACUCGGCAGACAUUUAGCACCAGAGAGUCCUGACAAAUACAGCGAAGCUAGCAUACCGCCGCGAGGUCACACCAAACAUCUCGCGGAGGAAAUCUUAACGGCACGUGACAAACACGACCCAGAAGGACUCACACCGGAAGUGAAAAAUCCUGACAGGAGAAGUAAAUCUCGACACAAGAAAAACCUGCCCCCUAUUGAUAAAAAGAGAGACAAAUCAGAGAAAAACCGGAAAAAGGCAAAAUCCUGGCCCGACCGUGACCCGAACGUGGAUCUCGACGCCGACAAGAAAGAUAUUUUAGCCAACGAAGUCUAGCCCGCAAAUGAAGUGAAUCUAACCUCGACAAGCAAUAUAAGGAAUUCGGACGUACAUUUAACUGUUUAAAGAUGGACCGACAACCUAUAGAACAAAGUGACAAUUACUCCGCAAGGCUGUCUUUACAUUAAAGAUGGUUUGGAUUUUGGAGAUCCAGAGCAGAGAUUGUGAUCAACUUUUUUUUCAACUUUCGAUAAUAGAAAAUGAAAUUCUCCAAACUAAUUCCAUUUUAAAUGUGUUCUGUUCAUUGAAUGAAACAAAUGAUCAUUGUGUUAGUAUACUGAAAAUAAAUUACUGAUCAAUCUACUCAUUAUAAAAAAGUAUAUAUAAUAUAAUUUUUCAUGAGUAAUCUUUAAUACUGUACUAAGGCUAGCCAUAUAUAAGUUGAUAACGGUUAACCAUGAUGAUCAUGAUGAUACGCACCAUUUUAGUCCAAUCUAUUUUGAGGCAACCCCAAUCAUAGAGAAGAGGCCCCACAGAGUUAGCGAGGGGUCAUAAUAUGGGAUUAUUUUUCUAACAAAUCUAAAAUUUUCUUUAAAAUCUAAAGGAAAGUGCUUGAAAAGUUGCUCUGGUGAGUGUUGUGGCCCAUGGGCAUCUUUUUUGGUACCCCCCUCCCCCCUCCCCC